AUGUAUAUAUCCCCUCUUGUAGGAAGUACUGAUGCAUGAGUGAGGGAAAAGACUUUUAUUUUAAAAUCAUCCACCAUGUUCAAAUUGUGCUGAAGAUUCAUGCUGUCACUGAGGGCAGGAGAAAUUGUUCUUAUUAAUUCUGAUCAAGGUCAAUGACUUAUCAACGAUGAAUGUAAAAGCAGGCAGUACUUUAAUAUUCGGGUCUCUGCGUCCGUGUUAUACACACGCUCGUCUGUCUUUAACAAGUUCCUGUCGAGGUCAUGGACGAAGCGCGAGCCAAGCUCCCAAACAAGCCGAACGAGCAGAGAGGACUGGAUUCAGUCCAGCAGCAACAUCAAAACAUGACUGGAUCGGUCCCCCAGACAGACUGUCAAACCUGCGGCCGAUCAUAUAUCACAUCCCAGAGAAUGAGACCCCGCAGGAGAGGAAGCUGAGGCGUCUGAGACAGGACACUGAAGACUGGAACCACGAGUUCUGGACCAACCAAAACUUCACAUUUAGCAAGGAAAAGGAAGAAUAUGUGAGAUCACAACUGUCAGCUAAAGGGUUGUCAGAGAGAGAUGAGGACGGAAGGAAAAGGACUUUAAGCAUCGAGGAAAUGGCAGUAUUUUACAAACACUUUUUAGACAAAAACAUUGGAAGACAUGCCAGUUAUAACAGGGAAUGGUAUAGACGGAACUUCACCAUUACACUUCUGAUGGCGAAGGUAGCUCUAGACAACACAUGGAGGACACUGACUGGACAGACGAGGGGAACCGGACGGGAGCAGGGCAAAACUACAUGAAAUAAAAAUAAAGACACUGCUGAUUUGGUAUUGUCUCAAUGUGGAAGUGAAAGCACUGAAGUUCAGAGCAAAGAUUGCAGCAAAAUCUGCAACUGUUGUGAAAUACUGAAGAUGCUUGUGUGCCUGUGUUUGUAAAUAUGAGAGUGUAUGCAGCUCAGCACGCUAGAUUUUCCAUUCUCAAUUUUCGACGGAGAAGCUGUCAGUUUUUAUAAUCCGAGUCUGAUAACCCUUCAAAACCUGAUAGUAACUGCAGCUACACGUGGAGUGGAAAUAUGUGCGGUUCUGUAAAAGCCUUAAAAAAGCUACAGCCACGUUUUAAAGCGAUAAAGCACCCAAAACUGAACAUUUCAUUAACAUUUACUCACCCUCAUGCUAUUAAAAAACUCUGCCUUUUUUGCA